AUGGCUCCAGUCACCUCCGACGAGUUUGAGGGCGAUGACUUCUCCAACAACCUCUUCAGCGACCUUGCUCCACUACUCACCCUCUUCGGUGAGCAGGUCACCAAGCAAUUCCUCAGCAUGAGCAUGGGCUGGGCGGAUAAUGUCCUUCUCGCAAUGGGCCCACUUGGUAUCAUUACAACCAUCGUCAGCGCCAUUCGCGUUGGUGGGGAGAAGAGGUUGAAAGCCCUCAUUGGCAGUUUGCAAAGAGCACGAGAAAGCGAUUCAGUUGCCGAACAAGAGCUCCUCUCUUCAACUUCACAGAACGUCUGCGAGAUGUGCAGUGGCCGACAAAUUGUGCGACUAAUCGGAAACGGGGAGGAUAUGGAAACCUUUGUCAUCGCUAGAGAUGGCGUAGUGUCUAACCUACGGACGGCCAUCAAUGGUCAUCGAUCCAAUUUACAUUCUUCAAACUGGUGGGCUGAGCAUCGAAUUCUGUCACAACAAAACUACCCCCCGAAUCUGACGCUCAACGUUCAGGGCGCCGCAGCGUCAACGAUGGAAUUGUGGGCAUGGGCCCUGCUGGGAACGGUUUUCCAGCUAUUUUCUAUCGCCUUUUCUGGGAUGAUUACUUACCAUUUGAAAUGGACAAAAGCUGGAGCUCAGGUGGCGGAGUAUGGGUACCCUUGCUUCUGUGCUGGCACGACUUGCUUGGUAAUUGCAAUCCUAGGAUGCGGGCACGUCAUUGAGGGUGUCACCGACGAGAUGACAUGGUUGCCAUCGGGCAAGGGCAGUCGAAUACUCACACUCCAAAAAGCUCACAGUGUGGGCGACCAACACUUCCCUUCCUGUACAAUUUUCAUGACAAGAAAAGGCGAGACACUCAAGUUCUCGCGGCUCAACAACAAAAGCUAUAAAUUGCUGGUCACUAUCUCCACCUCUCUCGCACUUGUGGGCUACAUCGUCCAAUUCGUCGGUCUCCGAGCGCUUCACUGGUCGGCAACUAUCACUCAGCUGGGCAUCACGUUGAUCAUGACUGCAAUUCGGGCCUGGGUGAGAAGAGGCCUUGCCUCUGACCCAGAUUGUUACCCACUAAUCGAGGGUCACGAACUGGCCAAUCUCGCGUUGAUCCUACACAACGAUCCGGGUGCCAUACCCAAUGUAUCAAGGUCCCAAAAUCAUAUCGAGAUGACGAGGAAGCCUCUGUAUGAACUUAUAUUUCUAUGUCUACUACCCUCUGAAGCGAUUUACAAGUCCCAUCAGUUUCAUAUUCCACUGCAGACGUCUCUAAAUUUUCAAUACUCAGCCGACCAUGAGGAGGACACUGCUCCGCUCAGAAUCUACGACCAAAUAUCAAUGGGGUCUACCCUGAGCAGCGUCGACAAAGAAGCUUCGACCCUUUCGAGCUUGUUUUUCAACGUCAUCAGACACGUCAUGGACGCAAUUGAUGUUUCUGGGGUGCUCCUCUGGAAGGGAGAUGCGUCGAGACUGCCCUCGGAGCAGCUGGUAACUGAUGACAUAUCUUGGGUGUUCGACUUCGGCAACUUUCGACGCCCAGACUUUAACCAAACUGUGCGGCGAAAAGCCUCUUUCCGCCUACGAAGAUCUACCAGCCACCCCGAAUAUCGAUGGACUCUAUUACAUCAUGGCCUAAUUGCAGCUCUUCUGGCCCUGUCUGCCCAUGCCUUGGGAAGAAGACUUGAGCAUCUACAUCGGGCCCGGGGCGGUGAUAAGCUAUCCAUCGGUGAUGACCUGUUCUUCGUCGAUUCUCAAGCCCCCCAUCAUCCCUCUAGUUCGGGACGCAUCGUGGGCAAUAUCAACAAUGAUGACAGCUUAUCGAACCAGGAGAUGCUUGAAGAAUGGCUAGAUACAAAAGUUCUCCCCAAAGAUAUUUUCUUUCGCUCUAAGGGGUUAAAGUGUUAUCUUGGAAUAAUGCUUACGCCACCUCCUGAAGAUCAUCCUAGACCGAAAGAUCUGGUCAUUGAAACACGACGUGACUCGGGGUUACUCCUCCAAUGGACUCAGGAGCUCUUCUCUAUCUUUAUGCUUGCCAUUGCCUCCAAAGUUGAACGAGUCCUCGGAGAGACCAAAGAGGUAGAGGGCAAAAGGGGGCCUGGGAAACGCUGUUUCAAAAACUCUGUCUUUGACACGAUCGCAGAUGUGGUGGUUAGGGAGCGCCUGGCUCAUGACCGAGACGAAGCCUACACACUGAUCGUGCCAGCCUUUGCGAAGUAUGGCCUUCUUCCAACAUGCAGCACUGAGCAAACGGCAGAGCAUACUUCGGAGAGGGCGACAUCCCCGGCCCAAUCAAACAGUGAAGAGAAUACCCUCUAA